AUUCAACAAAAUUCCACUCUUAAUAGAAUGUUUUCAAACACUGAGAGAAAAUGUUUAUUCGCGAAUAAGUUUGUACUUGUUUCAUAACAACACAAGAGAACAUGACAAGAUUCUCUGAACAAGAAAAUGGUUCUGAAAAUGAACUACACGACCCUGGAACAUAUUGUACAGGGGUUGGCUGCAGGGUUGUUCGUGGACCCGAUUGGAAAUGGAACAAACAGGAUGGAGGGGAAGGUCACGUUGGUUCCGUAAGACGAUUUGAUACGUCUGGAGAAGCUAUUGUUGUCUGGGAUUCUGGAAUCGUGGCAAAUUAUCGCUGCGGUGUGCUUGGAUUCGACUUACGUGUUUUAGAUAAUGCACCAACAGGUUCAAAGCAUCCUGGAACUAUCUGUGAAAGUUGUCAUGAGUCCCCAAUUUAUGGAAUUCGAUGGAAAUGUGUAGUUUGCCUAAGCACAGAUUUGUGUUCAACUUGUUAUCAUGCUGAUAAGCAUUCACUGGCUCACCAAUUUUUAAGGAUUACAGCACCAUACAAAACUAGAGUUAUUGUUGGUCGACGUUUAAAACAAAGGCGUGUAGAAUCAUUGGGUCUUUUCCCUAAAGCUCGAGUUGUUCGCGGCAUAGACUGGAGCUGGGAUAGUCAAGAUUGUGUUUCACCCCUAACGUCGUCAUCAAGUGGAUCGAUACUUCUAGGACCAACAGGAUCAGCUAUUGCUUGCAGAUCUAACUUGAGCUCGAACAACGAAAAAACGUCUGCUGGUCCAAUCCUUUUGCCUACUCAAGGGCGCAUAACUGGUAGAAGAGAUUGGUAUCAAUGGGCACCGCGUUCAGCAGCUUUGGUCGCCUGGGAUAGUGGAGCGUAUAAUGUUUAUCGAGUUGGAUAUGGAGGAUUAGUUGACCUUAAAGCAAUAAGACCUUCUAAAGGUGGAAUGUAUUAUGUUGAUCACCUUCCUCUUCUUGCUGAUUUAAGGCAAUAUUCCGAUGAAGCUUGUGUGCCUGAUGAAUUAAACGGUGAAGUAUCACUUGCAACGAGACAUGACUUAGAAAGAGGUCCUGUGGUUCCAAGCUGGACUAAUCUUCACGAUCUUGAAUCACGUCGCCGACAAACAACUCGAAAUGUUGAGGAUGUAUACUCUUAUCGGAGUAGAAUUUCUAGGAAUGAUGGAAAUAGUGGACAAUAUACAGAUACCGGAUAUAGAACAAACAGUAAUGUGUUAUCAAAUGAAGAGCCUGCAGCAUCCAGCUGUUUGAACGUUUGCACUCUUGCUAGCAGACUGCAUCUACAGCCUUCCUCAAUCGAGAGUUCGCAUAGCACUAAUGUUAAUUCACGGCGAUCACAUUCACGACUAAGUCGACCACAAUAUGGUUGGUCUACAGACAGAGAGACUGAAGAACCAAGUUCCCCACGUGCAGCUAACAUACCAAGUGGUACCAGUGGUCUACGAAGUUUCGGUCAAACUGCCCGUACCCUAUGGACUGAUUUCUUAAGGACCAAUUCUUUAAAUCCAUCGGCACCUACAAGUCGGGGUAAUUCGAAUCCAGUAAACCAGAAUCAUUCAGCAAAUCAUUCUCGUUCACAUAAUAACGAUCAUUUGUCGACAGCUGUUCGCGACAACCGACCAGCAAGCAUACAGUGUUCAACAAAUGAUCACAGAAUUAUUCAAAAUGCCCGAGAACUUAAUAUUUCUUCUGUUUCGUACAACCAAUGUAGAAAUUCUCAAUCACGCAUUGCCAUCACUAAUCGUGGGAGAGUUCUCGCCUUGCAUACCAGAGAUGGAUUGCACAAUAGUUCUUCCUCUAACCAAGAUUUAAUUUGUGGAUAUACAACAUUAGCAGAUGAAGUUAUACGGGAAAACAAUAGUACAGGUCCACAAACUAUUAGAAUACAAAGUCAUACUGAAGCAGGACCACGAUCAGUGCAUGGUGCUUACAACCAGCUACAAACUGUUUUUGCUGAAAAUCCGUUGGAUAUGAGUCCUCAUACACCUCCAACUGAUGAUUCCGAACAACCAAACAUGGAGACACCUAAUUGUUCACAUGCACAAACUCAUAGUAUCAAUUCGGAAGAUUUAAUUCAGGCAGCCAAUGAAGGAAAUGUGAAACGCUUGAAAUGUCUUUUGCAGCAUCAUAAUGUAGACGUGAAUGGAAUUUCUAGUGGAUUGACUGCACUUCACGCUGCCUGUCAAGCUGGUCAUUUAGCUUGUGUUAUCUUACUACUACAAUAUGGAGCCAGACGUAGAAAUUUGGAUUCUUCUGAUAAUGAAGCUAUUCAUUCAGCAGUUCAGAGUGGAAAUAUUGAUAUUUUAAGACUUUUAAUGCGGCCACAUACUGAUAUAACAUCAAGGUUGGUAAAUAUUUCAGAAGAAAAUGAUGUAGUCGAAGGAAAUCUCGUCGAUCUAGACGAUAAUUCUCCAACAAUUGAAAAUAACAAUCGUUUUGACGGUCAAGAAAUUUUGGAUAUAAAUGCUAGAAAUGCAUUACGACAAACUCCAUUACAUUUGGCUGUCAAUCGACAGAAUAUAGCAAUGGUACAGUGCCUACUAGAAGAGAUGAAUGCUUUGACAAAUUUACAAGAUUGUGAUGGCGACACACCCCUUCACGAUGCUAUUUCAAGUCAAAAUACUACCCUUGUAGAAUUGUUAUUACGUCAUAAUCCUGACUUAACAAUCCUUAAUAAUGCUGGUCAAAAUUCCUUACAUUGUGCCACUGUUCAUGGUGGUACUGAGAUUAUACGUCUCUUACUCGAACAUUGUUCAUCAACACCAUGGAUAGUAGAUGAGACACAACCAGAUGGUUUGACUGCAUUACACUUGGCUUCAUUAAAUGGAAAUAUGGAAGCUGUAGAUCUUCUUUUGCAAGCAGGUGCUAGUCCAAACCUUGUAGUUCGUCGUCCAGCUGGUUUGUCUCCAUUAAAUGGAUGUGAUGAAGAGAAAUUAGGCUCUGUAUUUACACCUCUUCAUUUGGCUGUUCACAAAGCACAUCCAGAUGUUGUAUGCUUAUUACUAUGUUAUAGAGCUAGAGCAGCUUGUCGUAGUGGAGCAGGACGUAGUCCAAUGCAACUAGCUUUAAAUGCUCUUGGACAAGCGCACGAGUCUCAGGGUGCAAAUGUUCGACGUUUCGAUGUCGCUUUGGUACCUUUCCUCGCAUCAGUGGCACGUCUUCUAGUUCGAAUGGCUGAUUCACUUACACUAACUCCUACUUCAACUGGAAUGCUGUCUAGUGGCAUAAAUAAAUUGCGACUCAAUUCAAAUAGAAAUAAUUAUGAAGAACAGUUAAUUGAAAUAGACAAUGAUCCUGACGACGAACCACAUAGAAAUACUACAACUGAAUCAUUAAAUUUGGUAUCUCCAAGUGCAUUAUGUCGUCGUUUAAAAUCUACAAUACAGGCAACUUUGGAAACAGGUGUCCCACGCAAUGUACUUAUUGCUGCAUGUUUAGCUUCAGCGAUUGGUGCGGAAUCAUGGUCAUCUCAUUUAGGAGCCAUAAAUUCUGAAAGUGCAGAAGAAGACAAUGUAGAUAAUGUUACUACGGAAUCAAUUAGUGAGAAUUUUGUCACAGAUGUUUUUCGUGAAUGUCGAGAUCCAGUUUUACAGUUAGCGCUACAACAAUGUCAUAUAGAAGCUUUAAAUUUCGUUAAGUGUUAUCCUUUAAAUACUGAUUCAAUUAAUCGUAGUCCUAGACAUGAUAUUAACCGACCAAAUUCUCCACUCCUUUCAGCUAUGUGUGAUAGUGAUGAAGAGAAUUUAGUUGAUACGUUUUUCCAAACUGAUAACCGUCAAAUACCACCAGCCGACUUAUUACCAAGUUGUUCAGUUGUAGGAUCAAAUAAUUCUUUUGUUAUACAAUCACCGCUAAUAAAUCAAGGAAAUGAAAAUUCUUUAAAUCAGCCAUUUGCUAUUGAAAAUCAAUUUAUUCCUGAACCAAAUAACUUACGUAAUAAUAUACCUCACUCUAAUGUUUAUGCAUUCCUUCCACCCACACUUGACGAUAUUGACCUGGAAUGGCGUGAAUGUCUUGUAUGCUCUGAGAGGAAUCGAUCUACAGUCAUACUACCAUGUGGACAUAUUAUCACUUGUGAAACAUGUACGCCUUUGAUUAAAAAAUGUCUUCUAUGCAGACAACGAAUCGCUGGAUAUCAUAGGUUUUCAUUUUGUUGUGAAUGUAAUUUAUCAAAUGGUGUCGUUUUAGCUAAACCAUGUAAUCAUAUGCUUUGGUGUAAAUCAUGUUUAAAAACUAAAGUACAACAUUUGGAAAUUAUUCAUCAAAUUACAGGUGAUAUUAGCUUUUAUGAAGAAGAGGAAGAUGUAAUGGAUAACAGGAACCAAACUUCAUCAACUAACAAUACUACUAUAAACAAUACUGAUUUAUUAAAUAUAUCAGCAUCAUUGCCAUCAGGGACGUCAACAAUUCCAACAGCUACCUCUGCGACACAAUCUAGUAUGAACUCAAAUAUUGAUGAAUUAGACCCGUUAUUUUCCACAGAACCUUCAACGUCAUCACUUUCAUCUGUUAAUAGAACAAAUGAUAUAAAUUUGUGGCGUAAUGUACCACUAGGUCGUCUGUUAUCAAUGAUAAAUAAAAUGCAAAGUUUACUAGACGAUUUAUUAACUGGAGGCAUUUGUUUAGAUGGUUGUCCAAUGUGUGAUAAUGCAGUUCAGUCACUAUGUCCAGUAUUAGUAGCAUGUUCUGGUGUGAAUAAUCAAUCGACUGCAAUUGCUCUUAGACACAAUUCAAAUCCGUUUACACUGAAUUCUUGUAAUUCGAUUGAAACUGAAUUAAAUCCAACCACAUCAAAUAUUACAAGUAUACUACCAACAAAUAACUCUGUCUUAACUAAUAUUCAAACAGACAUGGAAUUAGUACAGAAUCAAUUAGUUUCAUCUAAGCCCCCACGCAAUCUGUCUCCGAUUGAUCAUCAAAAUUUUAGUGGAUUAGUGAAUCCAUCUACUAGACAGAAUAUGAUAACACCAAAUAAUCAGCUUCGUCAAGGUGGAAGUCGAGCUGAAGUUAUUGGACGACCGAGGGGUCUAAAAACGCAUUUAUGUGAACGUGAAUUAGAUAGGUUAAAACAUGAACUUCAAGUGAUGCGUGAACAAGUAAGUCUUAAAAUAUUUAUUACUCGUAUUGUAAGACAGAUUUAUUAUUGAUAAUUACCAAUUAUGAGACGAUAAGUAAUCUAACUUUUAUAAUUUUCUCUAUGACAAUCAUACUUGCGUUUCAUUGAGAUCAUGAACCGAUCAAUGUUAAAGCUACACUGAAAAUGUGGAAGCACUGGACGCCGUUUCGUCCUAGCAUGAUGCUCCUCAGCAGUGCGCAUUGACGAUCCAUCCGGCUGGACUCGAACCCAAACGAUUAAUUGCAAUUAGUAUGUAGUGGAACGCGGCCUCAAGGCUGUCACAGUCGUCAUAAGGAGAGAAGUGGUUCAGUACAUCAAAACUGCAGCGUAGGCAUAACACUUGAAGGCCAAAGGAGAAGAUAGUUCAUAUUGAGGAACCCACCUCAAAAUGCAAAUAAAUAAUCGAAGGCUAUGUAAACGUAACAGGUAGAAACUUUGAAAUCUCUCGCCCAUUUUCAUGAUCUACACCAGGGCUUUCAGUCUCGCGCGUGUACGCUCAUACUUGUAGAUUGUCAGAUAACCAGAAAAAGUGGUUUUCUUCACUUAUUAACGUAUGACCGUCAAGAACAAGAGACCGUUGAAAAGACAUACUAUUUUUUCAGCUUUUUUCAUUAUUGUAAAGAAUUGAUUGAUUUACUAAAUUAUGUUAGAAUUCAUAGGUUCAAGUCGAUUUGAUUGACCAAUAGUUUGAUUAUUCGGUUACUAAAUUUUAAAUCAUAUGAUUAUAAUAUUUAAUUUACUGAAACAGUGAAGAUUUGUAGCUUAGGUGAAUGAUAUUUGGUUAACUAUUGACCCUUUAUAGAACUGGAGUGCUUACAAUGAAUCACAAUCAAUGUCAAAGUGCCUAGACCUAAACCCCGUUUUAAUUCCGCUGAAUUGUACUUUUUAGGUACGUGGUAUGUUAAACAAUCAAAAUUCACUGACAACUUAACAAUAGUACGCCAGUGUGUAAGUUUACAUAAUCAGUAUAACUUUGCGGCGUAAACGUCAUAGCUGUCAUUGACUAGCUUUACUUUUACUAGCGAUUGAAUACAGACAAUAAUGAAUUUAAAAAUUGUUAUUACUAUAAUAGACGUUACAAAUUAUAUUUUUAUACCGGCCGCACAUUUCAGAUUCGAUGUCCUAUAUGUCUGGACCGUUCACGAAAUUUGGUUUUUAUGUGUGGUCAUGCCACAUGUCAAUGGUGUGGUGAUCAGGUCACUGCAUGUCCAAUAUGUCGAAGAGCAGUUGAAAGUCGUAUUAUCUUAUAUUAAAACUAUGAUUAGUCAUUUUAAAUAUAAUUAUUCUAUACUAAAAA